AUGGCCCAGGUGGCGGUGUCUGCCCUGCCCAUGGAGAACGAGGAGGCCUCAGAGAGCAGGAUGGUGGUGACGUUCCUCGUGUCCGCUCUGGAGUCCAUGUGUAAAGAAUUGGCCAAGUCCAAGGCAGAAGUGGCCUGCAUCGCAAUGUAUGAGACAGACGUGUUCGUCGUUGGAACCGAGAAAGGACGUGCUUUUGUCAACGCCAGGACGGAUUUACAGAAGGAUUUUGCAAAAUACUGCAUUGCCGAAGGGGUGCGUGAGGCCAGAUCCCCAUGUCCUGCGAACGGGAUGCAGAUCGAUUCAGGAGAAACAGAAAUACUCAGAAAAGCAGUUGAGGACUAUUUCUGCUUUUGUUACGGCAAAGCCUUGGGGACCACAGCGAUGGUGCCUGUUCCGUAUGAGAAGAUUCUGAGGGACCCAGCGGCCGUGGUUGUGGAGGGGCUUCCAGAAGGAGUGGCCUUUCAGCACCCCGAGAACUAUGGUCUCACCACCCUGAAAUGGAUUUUGGAGAACAAAGCGGGGAUUUCAUUCAUCAUAAACAGACCUUUCCUAGGUCCAGCGAAUCAGCUCGGUGGGUCUUUGGUGGUCACGGAUGCUAAGAGAUCGGUGACGUCCCCAAGUGAAAGCUGUGGCCCCAUCAGUGUGAAAACUGAACCCAUGGAAGAUUCAGGCACGGCACUGAGAGCGACGGCUGUGUCAGUCAAGAAGGAGUCAGAAGAUCCUAAUUACUAUCCGUAUAAUACGCAAGACAGCCAUCAUCCUUCUGGGAGCAGCGACGUAAUAGACAUGGAAUUAUCCCUGGAAGACACCCCUCCUCUGACAGCCAGCCAGGUGCCCUUGGAGGAUUCUAAAUUUCAGUUUCUACUUUUAGGAAGGACAACUGCCUCGGGUAUUACACGUUCUGCGGUGGGUGUUGAAGAUCUUAACAUCGUUCAGGUGACAAUUCCAGAUAAUGAGAAGGACCGAUUAUCCAGCAUUGAAAAGAUAAAACAACUAAGAGAACAAGUCAAUGACCUCUUUAGUCGAAAAUUUGGGGAAGCAAUUGGGGUAGAUUUCCCCGUGAAAGUUCCCUACAGGAAAAUCACGUUCAACCCCGGCUGUGUGGUCAUCGACGGCAUGCCCCCGGGGGUGGUCUUCAAAGCCCCCGGUUACCUGGAAAUCAGCUCCAUGAGAAGGAUCUUGGAUGCUGCGGAAUUUAUCAAAUUCACAGUCAUCAGACCGCUUCCGGGCCUCGAGCUUAGCAACGUGGGAAAGAGAAAGAUAGACCAGGAGGGCCGCGUAUUUCAAGAAAAGUGGGAGAGAGCGUAUUUCUUCGUGGAAGUGCAGAACAUUCCUACGUGUUUAAUAUGCAAACAGAGCAUGUCGGUGUCCAAAGAAUACAACCUCCGACGUCACUAUCAGACGAACCACAGUAAGCACUACGACCAGUACACGGAGAAGCUGCGUGAUGAGAAGCUCCACGAGCUGAAGAAAGGACUCAGGAAGUACCUCCUGGGGUCCUCAGAAAUCGCGGGUCCCGAGCAGAAACAGGUGUUUGCGAACGCGAGUCCCGACGAAAACGCUGCCGCGCAGCCCGUAGAAGACAUGGCUGGGAAAUUAUGGGAGAAGUUACGUGAAAAAAUCAAGUCGUUUGUGGCUUAUUCCAUUGCAAUCGACGAGAUCACGGACAUAAACAACACCACCCAGCUGGCCAUAUUCAUCCGUGGCGUGGACGAGAAUUUCGACGCGUCGGAGGAGCUUUUGGAUACGGUGCCCAUGACGGGUACAAAAUCCGGCCACGAGAUGUUUCUGCGGGUCGAGAGAAGUCUUAAGAAGUUUCACAUCGACUGGUCAAAACUGGUAAGCGUGGCCUCAACCGGCACCCCCGCGAUGGUAGACGUGAACGACGGACUGGUCACAAAACUCAAGUCCAAGGUGGCAACGGUUUGCAAGGACUCGGACCUGAAGUCUGUGUGCUGCAUCAUCCACCCGGAGUCCCUCUGUGCGCAAAAGCUGAAGAUGGACCACGUGAUGAGCGUGGUGGUGAGCUCCGUGCACUGGAUCUGCUCCCGUGGCCUGAACCACAGCGAGUUCACGACUCUGCUGUAUGAACUGGAGAGCCAGUACGGCAGCCUGCUGUAUUACACCGAGAUUAAGUGGCUCAGCCGCGGGCUGGUGCUCAAGAGGUUCUUCGAGUCGCUGGAGGAAAUCGAUCACUUCAUGUCAUCCAGAGGGAAGCCCCUACCUCAGCUGAGCUCUCAGGACUGGAUCCGAGACUUGGCCUUCUUGGUCGAUAUGACAACGCAUCUGAACACCCUGAACAUGUCCCUGCAAGGGCACUCGCAGGUCGUGACGCAGAUGUACGACUUGAUCCGGGCGUUCCUCGCCAAACUGUGCCUUUGGGAAACUCACCUGGCGAGGAACAACCUGGCCCACUUCCCCACGCUGAAGUCGGUUUCCAGAAACGAGAGCGACGGCCUGAACUACAUUCCCAAGAUCGUGGAACUAAAGACUGAAUUCCAGAAAAGGUUGUCCGACUUCAAACUCUACGAAAGCGAACUGGCCCUGUUCAGCUCCCCUUUCUCGGUGAAGAUCGAGAGCGUGCACGAAGCGCUCCAGAUGGAGGUCAUUGACCUGCAGUGCAACACGGUGCUCAAGACGAAAUACGACAAGGUCGGGGUCCCGGAGUUCUGCAAGUACCUGUGGAGCACCUACCCCAAGUACAGGGUCCACUGCGCCAAGAUUCUGUCCAUGUUCGGGAGCACCUACAUUUGCGAACAGCUCUUUUCCAUCAUGAAACUGAGCAAAACCAAAUACUGCUCCCAGCUGAAGGGCCCGCAGUGGGAUUCCGUGCUCCACAUCGCGACGUGA